GAUCGAUCGAUCACCUUCCCGGCCCAUCUGUUCUCCCACAUUGCCUCGACUUUGCCCACCAUCCACAUCGCCCCGUGUCCGAAAGCCUAGCUUAUCGAUCGACAUGGAACGCAAGUUCUUGUGCCAUUUGCUGCUGGUUGUCGCUGCGUGCUUUGCCGCGACGGCCCGAGCUGGGAUGAUCAAGGGCUCGGCGACGUUCUACGGCGGGGCCGACGCCUCCGGCACAAUGGGUGGCGCUUGCGGGUACGGCAACCUGUACUCGACGGGCUACGGGACGAACACGGCGGCGCUGAGCUCGUCGCUGUUCAACGACGGGGCGGCGUGCGGGGAGUGCUACCAGAUCAUGUGCGACCACCAGAACAGCCAAUGGUGCAAGAAGGACGUGUCCGUGACCAUCACGGCCACCAACCUGUGCCCUCCGGACUACUCCAAGCCCAGCAACGACGGCGGCUGGUGCAACCCGCCGCGCCAGCACUUCGAUAUGGCCCAGCCCGCGUGGGAGAAGAUCGGCGUCUACCGCGGCGGCAUCGUCCCUGUCAUGUUCCAGAGGGUGUCGUGCUCGCGGAGCGGCGGGGUGCGGUUCACGAUCAACGGCCACAACUACUUCGAGCUGGUGCUCAUCACCAACGUGGCCGGGCCGGGGUCGAUCGAGACGGUGCAGAUCAAGGGGUCCACGACGUCGUGGGUCACCAUGUCCCGAAACUGGGGCGCCAACUGGCAGUCCAACAACAAGCUCAACGGCCAGAGCAUCUCCUUCCGGGUCACCGCCACCAACGGCAAGACGCUCGAUUUCACAGAUGUCGCGCCGAGCAACUGGCGGUUCGGCCAGACCUUCACCAACGGCGUGCAGUUCUACUAGCGGUGGAGCACCGCCGCACGCUUGCUUUCCCUUUUUUAAUGGUGUCUCUUCUAAAUUACACGGUCAUCAGAAAAUCAAAGAGGUGCGGGACGGGAGCCUCCAUCCUCCACCGGCUCGACUCGUCAUUUUCGCUUUUGGAAACUUGUCAAAA